AUGGCUGACAUCCAGGAGCGCCUCAAGAAGCUUGGCCAGGGAGCCCGUAUCGGUAUUGGCAAGGGUACCCCCCGUCGCAAGGUCAAACGUGCUCCCGCCCGCUCCGCCGCCGACGAUAGGAAGCUUCAGCAGAGCUUGAAGAAGCUCGGCACCCAGCCCAUCCAGGCCAUUGACGAGGUCAACAUGUUCAAGUCUGACGGCAACGUCCUGCACUUUGCUGCCCCCAAGGUCCACGCCGCUGUCCCCAGCAACACCUUUGCCAUCUACGGUAACGGUGAGGACAAGGAGCUCACCGAGCUCGUCCCCGGCAUCCUCAACCAGCUCGGCCCCGACUCCCUCGCCUCACUCCGCAAGCUCGCCGAGAGCUACCAGAACAUGCAGAAGGGCGAGAAGGGUGAGGAGGACGACGGCGAGAUCCCCGACCUCGUCGAGGGUGAGAACUUUGAGAGCAAGGUCGAAUAA